ACAACCCUGAUAACCGUUGCGUGUAUUGUAUGCAAAUGAUCUUUGACCACGAUAUCAGCUGUUACGUUCGACCUGGCCUGGUGUAAUGCUACCAUUAUAAGUCCUAUAGUUUAGAGCUCAGAGUCGCUGGUUGCUUUGCUCGUAGUAUGCAUAUAGACUGAACACUUUAGGUUGUUUUUUCAUGUAUGUAAGGCUUGUAAUCUAGGAAUCCGCCGUCACAGACAGUAAGAGAAAAUGUUUAAGUUGAAGUUUUUGUGGCAGUUCUUGGGGCUGUUCUCACCAUGCUUUGUAUCCGUCCUCCCAACUCCUGAUGUGACAAGUAUUUGUGGUCCAGAGACCAACCAGACCCUAGCACAGAGAAUCCAGUCCUCCCAGUGGAAGGCUUCAGACUGGCUCCUGGACCAACAGACAGAGGACUGGGGAUGGGACUUUCUAAGCACCGGGUCGGCCAUCUUGUCUCUUCAGCUCGCCAACGAGACAUGGAAGAAUGACCUAGAAUCAAUGGAGGCUCAGCUCACCAUCAAACAACUCAAUAUUGAGGUGCUGCGUGAAAUAUCACACAAACACAGCUUUAAGGAGAUGUCCAUAGGUAAGCUAGGCUACUAUGCCAUGGCUCUGCAUGCCUCCUGCCACAAUGCCUCCAACUUCCAUGGACACAACAUUAUGAAGCAGCUGCAUCACAGGGUCAACGAAUUUGACACCAAUCAGACCAGAAAUUACUUCCCGUACUCCUUGGCUUUGCUUGCCUUGUGUAGCAGCGGUAGUGAAGUGCCUCAUAGCGCCAUAGCAACGCUUGAGGAAGUCCAAGGGGAUGAUGGAUGUUUUCCAUUUGGUGUAGACGUGACAUCCAUGGCAGUCAUGGCUAUGGCAUGCAUGCAGGACUCCUUCAACAGCCCUCAAAGACUCAACCCCCUCAGAGAUAUGAUGCGCAAAGGGUCAGAAUGCAUUAUGGGACAUCAGACAUCAGACGGAUGGUUCGGUGAAUCAAAUGUUAUAAGCACAGCAUUAGCAGCACAGGCUCUGAUUGCUGCCGGUGAACCUCCGUCGCUAUGGCGAUGUGAGGACGCCCUCUACCACAUCCUGGAUGCCCAGGAGGAGGACGGCCAUUUCGGUAGCCAAGGGGGCACUAUCCAGAUCCUUCCAUUGCUUAGCAACCGUCACCAUGGAAGCCUGGCUGAUGUUCAGCAGGAUUGCCCAGUAAAAGAUGUGAUGCACGGCAUACCACUGAUUGGACGACAGGAUGAGACGCAUGCCGUCAAUUUUGAGAUCAGUCAGGAAUUGGAGAAUAGUGUAGCUAUUUUCAGCCCAUUCCUUGUAGACAUCCUGCCAGGAGAGAGCGUCUACAGGGCCAUGGAACGAGCUCGUCAAAUUGGCUACUUCAGUUUUGAAUCUAAAUUGUCUCAGUUUGGAAACUACAUUACUUCAAUCAACAAUGUAGUGAACGAUAAUGCCAAUGGUCUCUAUUGGUUCAUCUAUUCAGUGGAUGAGAGUGGUGAUCAAUUCAUGGCUGAGACUGGUGCUGAAGGAAUCAUGCCAGUGAACGGCUCCACCUAUCGUUGGAUCUAUCGUGCAUAUUAAAACUGUGAAAUAGACCAGUUCCUACCCGAGGAUACCCACCAAGUGAAUUGUGUAUUCUAUAUCUGAUUAGGCCUGUUUCCAUCAGCCCGAGUUUGCCAAAUGACCCGCUAUU